CGUUGUAGAAGAAAGCUCAGAGACAGUCUGAGUAUUUUAACUAGAUUUCCGAUAGUACAUUUUGCUGUAACUAAGUCAAAAGUCUAAUUUCUUUUCACUUUGUGUUUUUCCUACAACAAGUAGAGUGCUAUAUAUUUUAUGUAAAAGGGUCACAAAAGGCAUAAAACUGGUGUUCGAUAAGUCACUUGGCAAUAUGCCUGCCGUCAGGGGAGAUGGUAUGCGAGGACUCGCAGUCUUUAUAUCAGACAUAAGAAACUGUAAAAGCAAAGAAGCAGAAAUAAAAAGAAUAAAUAAGGAGCUAGCUAAUAUAAGAAGCAAAUUCAAAGGAGAUAAAACCCUAGAUGGAUACCAGAAAAAGAAGUACGUAUGCAAACUUCUGUUUAUAUUCUUACUUGGUCAUGAUAUUGACUUCGGUCAUAUGGAAGCAGUAAAUUUGCUGUCCUCAAAUAAAUAUUCUGAAAAGCAAAUAGGAUACCUAUUCAUUUCUGUCUUGGUCAACACCAAUAGUGAUCUCAUCAAACUUAUUAUUCAAAGCAUAAAGAACGAUUUACAGUCUCGAAAUCCUAUCCAUGUUAAUCUUGCACUCCAGUGCAUUGCAAAUAUUGGUAGCAAAGAGAUGGCUGAGGCUUUUGCUACUGAGAUACCUAAAUUGCUUGUCUCCGGUGAUACUAUGGAUGUAGUUAAACAGUCGGCUGCUCUUUGCCUUCUUAGACUGUUUCGUAAAUCACCAGAAAUUAUACCAGGUGGUGAGUGGACAUCCAGAAUCAUACAUUUAUUAAAUGAUCCACACAUGGGCGUUGUAACUGCUGCUACUUCUUUAAUAGAUGCCCUAGUGAAGAAAAAUCCUGAUGAGUACAAAGGUUGUGUCACAUUAGCUGUGGCAAGACUGAGCAGAAUUGUAACUGCUAGUUACACAGAUCUCCAAGAUUAUACAUACUAUUUUGUUCCCGCGCCUUGGCUAUCGGUGAAACUUCUGCGUCUUCUACAAAAUUAUACACCUCCAUCUGAAGAACCUGGUGUCAGGGGGAGAUUAUCUGAAUGUUUGGAGACCAUUUUUAACAAAGCUCAAGAACCUCCCAAGUCUAAGAAAGUUCAACAUUCCAAUGCUAAAAAUGCUGUUCUCUUUGAAGCUAUAAGUCUAAUAAUACAUAAUGACAGUGAGCCUAAUUUAUUAGUUCGAGCUUGUAAUCAGCUUGGCCAAUUUUUAAGUAACCGAGAAACAAAUCUGCGUUACUUAGCUCUUGAAUCCAUGUGCCAUCUGGCUACGUCAGAGUUCUCUCAUGAAGCCGUCAAGAAACAUCAAGAAGUUGUUAUUCUUUCAAUGAAAAUGGAGAAAGAUGUAUCUGUACGACAACAAGCUGUUGACUUACUGUAUGCAAUGUGUGAUAAAACCAAUGCUGAAGAAAUAGUGCAAGAAAUGUUAGCUUAUCUAGAAACAGCUGAUUAUUCAAUAAGAGAAGAAAUGGUCUUGAAAGUUGCUAUCUUAGCUGAAAAAUAUGCAACAGACUUCACUUGGUAUGUUGAUGUGAUACUUAAUCUUAUUAGAAUAGCAGGGGAUUAUGUUUCAGAGGAAGUAUGGUACAGAGUUAUUCAGAUCGUAAUAAACAGGGAGGAGGUUCAAGCAUAUGCAGCAAAAACAGUUUUUGAAGCUUUACAAGCCCCUACCUGUCAUGAGAAUAUGGUUAAAGUGGGAGGGUAUAUUUUGGGUGAAUUUGGAAAUUUAAUUGCUGGUGAUACUAGAUCAUCACCUCAGGUUCAAUUUGAACUCCUUCAUUCUAAGUAUCAUUUAUGUUCAGCCGCAACAAGAGCAUUACUUCUAUCAACUUAUAUAAAACUUGUUAACCUUUUCCCAGAGAUAAAAUCUCGAGUUCAGGAAGUAUUUAGAGCAGAUUCUAAUCUACGCUCAGCAGAUGUGGAGCUGCAACAGAGAGCAUCUGAAUACUUGCAGCUGAGUAUUGUUGCUAGUUCUGAUGUAUUAGCAACAGUACUGGAGGAAAUGCCAGCAUUCCCAGAAAGAGAAUCUUCAAUUUUGGCUGUUUUGAAAAAGAAAAAACCAGGACGUAUUCCAGAUGAUGUCAGAGAAUCGAAGAGCCCUCAACCAAAUGCUACUCCGGCACCUGUUAUUAACAAUUCUGCUAAUUCAGUAAACUCCAGUGCAGAUCUUUUAGGCUUGGCCACCCCUCCUGGAACUACAACAACCACUACAGGAAAUGGUUUACUGGAUGUUCUUGGAGAUUUAUACACAGCUCCUAAAAUGAGCCCUACAACAGUCCAACAAAAUAACAUCAAGAAGUUUUUGUUUAAAAAUAAUGGAGUUCUAUUUGAAAAUGACCUCAUACAAAUUGGGGUCAAGAGUGAAUUUAGACAGAAUCUUGGAAGAAUUGGCUUGUUUUAUGGAAAUAAGACACAAUUUGCUAUUCAGAAUGUGCACCCAGAAUUAAUUUGGACAGAUUUGCAUAAACUUAAUGUGCAAAUGAAACCCAUGGAACCAAUUUUGGAAGCAGGUGCUCAAAUCCAGCAAAUGCUGACUGCUGAAUGCAUUGAAGAUUUUGCAGAUGCACCAAGCAUGUCUGUGUCUUUUGUUUACAAUAAUGUUCCUCAAAAAAUAACCAUGAAACUCCCUCUUACAUUGAACAAAUUUUUUGAGCCAACUGAAAUGAAUGGUGAAUCAUUUUUUGCAAGGUGGAAAAAUUUGGGUGGGGAACAACAGAGAGCACAAAAAAUUUUUAAGGCACAAGGUUCUAUUGAUAUAGCUGCAACCCGUACAAAAUUAUCUGGUUUUGGUAUGCAGCUUUUAGAUGGUAUUGAUCCUAAUCCUGAUAACUUUGUUUGUGCUGGAAUUGUCCAUACCAGGCUUCAACAAGUAGGCUGUCUUAUGAGAUUAGAACCGAAUAAACAAGCUCAAAUGUUUAGACUUACUGUAAGAUCAAGUAAAGAAACAGUUUCUCAAGAAAUUUGUAAUCUAUUGGCAGAUCAGUUCUAAAAAAAACAGGCAGAUAUAAUUAUAAAUCUAUUCUAUGUAAUCAAAUCCAAAUGCCAUUAGAGAUUACAUUAUAAAUAUCUGUCUCAAUACUGAAAGUAUUUUAUAAAAAUAACAUAGAAUGGUUCAAUAAUUGGCCAUUAUUUUCAUAGAUAAUGCAUGCUCGGUUAAAUUGCAGUAAAUAUUAAGUUUAAACAAAUUUAUGUAAAUUUUAGUUAUCAUUUUUUUAAAGAUUCAACAUAAAGUACAUAAAAAGACAAAAUAAUAUAUUGAAGU